AUGAAAACGAUGCGUAGAGUUCAGGUUCACCCGACGCCAACGAAAGGCUCGCAGUCCGGUUUGGUACCUCCGAAAAGUGGACUUAUCCCACCCUCUUCGAGAUCGUCGAGGGCUCCCUCGCCCUCGCUAAGCAAUCAGAGCGUUGCAAAAGGAAUCCCCAGCUUCAGCUCGAAACGACCAUCCAGCCUCGCGGGGUCGACGCAAUCUCUUCCACAAGCUGUAAAAUCCAUUCAAAAACCCUCUACCGGGAUCCCAAGAGCACCCAGCACUCAGCAGGUGAAUCAAAUCCCGAAAGAAAUUCCUAAACCGCUUCAGAAGAAGAACGAACCUGUGAAACAACUCAAAGCCCCUACUUCUCUGGGAGUGCAGAAGCCUCAAAUCGCGCAGGUGACGAAACUCGAACCCACUCCUCCGAUUCGGAAUUCCUCGAGCCUACCGAGUCGCAAGCCGGUUCCAAAUAAAAUCGUCCCUCCUGCUUCUUCUCCGGCCAACAGCACAACAAAUUCUCAGCCAGAACCCGCCAACCCAAGUCCUCUCAGACCUCAGACUGAAACUUUGAAUGCAGCGAAUACGUCAGGUCUUCCUCUGUCGGGACUUCGACCUCCAUCAGGUCAUUUCGGGAGACCGAGGCCGUCGAGACCGAGCUCGGUGAUCUCAAACUCCUCGGACCAAGCCAGCUCCAGGAGGAAUAGCCGCCUUCUCCAACUUUCGACUCCUCCACUCGUGCCGGAGUCUGCACCGCCCUUACCUCCGAAAGAGGCAGAACUUUCUCUUCCGCCGCCGAGACCCAAAGAACGUCGCGAAGAACGGAGCGAACUCCUUUCAGAAGAGCUUCCGCCAGCGGGUCUGAACGACAUAUCGCCAGACGACUGCUGUUCUUCGCCCAUCGCGGACGACAGCGGGAUCUCAUACGAAACUUCACCAAAACAGAGUCCGGACCUCCAGCAACGACUAUCCGAUAGUUCCUUAGACACUUCUAGAGAAAGUCAUCUUUCCGAAGAAAACCCCACCGUCGUUGAAGUCGUCGACGGGGAGGACGAGGCGCAGCCUAUCGAUGACGCUGACGUUGACGUCACCGUCGAGCAGGAGCACGAACAUGAAAAUCACAAAGUUCUCACGGAGGACAAAUUCAAAGUUCGCGAGCCCCUCUUAGAAAUAAAAUCUUUGACUCUGCCGAAACCGACAGCAGCCGUAAAAGGCACACAGCAGCUCCCGUUCAACCUCUCGGCCGACGUUGAGGUCCAGGAGCGCAACACGCUGCCACGCUGUGGAUCCACAAUGCACAAAGUGGCCAUGGUGUCACCGAUGGUGAACAAUCAUAACUCACAGAGCAACCAGAAGCAUUCACUCGAAGAGCUCAAAGCCGAACACCGAAAAGAGGAAGAGGAGGAAAUGGAUUCAAUCAGUCCCAUGCAACCACUGCAGCCCCGUAACGCACCGUACGGGAGUUACCUGCGCACGAACCAAGGAAGCAGCAGAUUUAUACCAGGUGGAAAGUACCACGUCCCGUCGCUGCGGCUGCAGGCCGAUCCUUCGCGAGUGGCGUUUGCGAGACACCUAAUGGCGGCCUCUCAGGACAUGGUCAGACUCAAAUAUCCCCACGUACAAGAACAGGAACAGGGUGGCUACAUGUCGGACGGCGAUGUCCUGCGUCCUGUUCGUGGCGGCGCUUUGGGUCUGGAGGAAAUCCCGAGUGGCUACCUGAGCGAGGGCGGAGCGAGUCUGUAUAGGAGGCGUCAGGACGUUUCGCAUCCGUCGCCGGCUCCCCCGCCAAACGCAAAGCACCCGCAAGGCGUGAACAGCCCCCACAAAAAAAUGAAUCCGAAACUUAUCAACGUCCUAUGUGAUGACAGUUUGAAGAUCCCUCCCGUAAAUACCACGGUUCUCCGACACCCGAGACUCAAAGCCGAAGGUGCUCUGGAAACAAAAGUGACUGUGCCCGUUCGAAUCAUGGACCGUCGGGCGUUCACCAUAGCCCCGCGUCGAAUCUCGAUAUAUGCCGGUCCGCAGGAAAGACUUUAUCAUCACAAACGGAGACUUCUGAGUCGCUCCGCCGGGACUGUUUCUGACAUCCUGAGCAGAAGCUUGGACGACAGCAGCUCAGUAUCGUCCGGUCUCUCUGAUACCUUCAAUGAGAUUUCGGCUAACGAUGGCUUGACCGAUUCCUCGCUGAGCUCGGAUCCUUACGGGGUGCUCAAACGUCAUGGCGUGCACUCGCUGCAGGCGGCCCACAGCGGCAGUCGGAACGUUCAGCAGACACUGGUCAAGAAGACGAAGGAGGUACCAGCGUCAAGCGGCAGUGAUCUUAGAGAUAGCAAGAAAGACAGCAACAAGGACAAGGAUGCAAACGCGAAGAAAGACAAACUUAAGAAGAAGGAGGCUAAGGCUAAAUCGAAAAUGAUGAUCAUGAUUCGCAACGGGGUUUCCUCGAACGACGUCAAGCUCUACGGAACUGUAGACCCACCGGAAGCGAUCUUGGAAGCAGCGAAGCAUGAAACUGCAAUGAAUCAGAUGGAACAAUCGACCGCAAUGACGGCUUCGUUGAAAUCGAGGCCCGAUUCCGUCGCAAGCGUAGCUUCUCUGAACUCCACAAAAAGCGCCCCGGUCAAACCCCCCGUGGACGCUGACUGGUCGCCGUACAAAAGACGAGUCAGCGGUCCAGAGGAUGGCUACGCAACAUUGGAGGGCAUUCAGAAGGCGUAUCUGCAUCAGCAGGAGAUGCACUGGCAAAUGCCGCUCGGUCCCGCCCACCCUUCAAUCCAUCCCCCGAGAAGCAACAAGAGUCUUCUUCAUGAGGCUGAGUCCAUGGAAAGUCUCUUGAGUGCCCACUCGCAGCAGCAGGCUCAGAGCCAGGGAAGUUCCCGUUUCUUGUACGGAUCUCCGGGUUUGAACCAUGUAACUCCACCGAGAGGGAUGCGAUUCGCCAGAGAAGAUGAAGCCGGAUUGGGCUCCACUCUAUCGCUGGUGUCAACGACGUCAUCUAUGUACUCCACACCUGAAGAGAAGAAGGCGCACGAAAUCCGUCGACUUCGCAAAGAGCUCGACCACUCGAACGACAAGGUUGUAACACUAACCGCACAGCUGACCACCAACGAUGUGGAGGCUUUUCCAAGAGGUGGAACGCAUAGAGAAAACAACUUAAUUUCUACGACCUUCUUGUUCGGAGUGCUCCAUCAGAAACCGGUCGAAGGCUUCACUGGAGACACGCGACUCAAAGUUGACAAAUGA